CCCGCUUCUCGGUUGCUUUUUCGUUCUUCUUUCCUUCUCUCUUGGACGAUGACGACAAUGACCGGUCCCGUUUUCCUUCGUUCUUCCUGCCCUCGGAUUCUCCCUCUCCCUCGCCUGUCAGUUUUCCAACCGAGUAUCCCCUCGUCAUCGGGACGCAGCACCAACCAGGCGGCAACAGGGCCAAAACCCACCAAACGCGGACUGGCAAAUGGUGGCCCCCCCCCCGUCGUGCGGCGACCCGAAAUUCCACCCUCCCUUCCCCUCUCAUUUCGACGCGCAGGAUUAAGGACCGGCCAAUCUGCGCGCGCGUUUCCGAAACUUUGCCCAUCGUGUGCGCCGCGCGGGAACCUGGUGACAUGCCUGCGUUGAUCCCCGAAGAUGAGAGGAACGAACGGGUGAUGAGCGACAGGUAUCAGGCUCAUUCGGGGGGACCAUCAGGCCCAUCUAUGAGACGUUGGGAGGAUGGGCCGGUUCAAUGCAAGUUUUUUCCUUCUUUUUUCUUUCCCUUCUUCUUUCUUUCUCGCUUGCUUGCUCUGGCUUUGCUCAGUGAGGAGGCAGAGAGACGUACGUGGUUGGGAACAGGGAGACCGAGGUUGAUCGUUGUCAUCGAGCAAAUCACUCACUUGACUCCCUUUGACCGCGAUGUGCAAAUACACGAUUGGGCAAGCCACACCCGCUCCCACCUCGCCAGUCGCCGCGACAGUCCUUCGCGGACUUCCCGAAGACCCGUUACAUAGGCGAUCCCGGGUAGCUGAAUCGAGGAACAAGGGAUGGAUAGAACUUCCCUCAGACACACACACACACACACACACACAAAAACACCGCCCAAAUCUACCGGCGCCCCGUUCGUUUAUUAACAUGACACAAAGCCCUGCAGAGGGGGAGCGUUGCCAGGCCCUUCCCAGAGAUCUCCGAAUCGCAGCCAGUCAAAACGGGGAAAGAAGAGAUCCAUCAAAUGGGCUCAUCCUCCAAGAGGUUCCGACAGCGCGGCAACCGUGGGGCCCAAAGCGGCGAGCACUUCGUCCAAACUUGCCCGCGCGCGUGAAUCUCUUCGUUACAACCUGCCCUCAAACAGGCCUCACCUUCCCCCGGGGAGCGUCCGACACACACUGCACACACGCACACACGCACACACGCACACACGCACGCGUACACACACCACCCCGCCUACACUGCCUACGGUGUUCUCGUACCUGCGUGUGUCGCCUGUGGUCAAAUCCCAGCAGGCCUUGGCAAAUCUCCAACCCGCCUUGAUCCAGCGAGGCGGGACCAUUUUCCCACCUGGCAUGUCUCACUCUGCUCGGGAUUGCAGGCGCAUUGCCCAUUGCGUCGCCUUGUCAGAGGGUGUAUACUCUCCUCAAUCUCGUCACUUGAGCGAGCCUCGACCCGGCCGUAUGUCUCUUGGGGGGGGGGGGAGGCUCCCAGUCCCGUGGCAGGAGAGGUGGAUGCGGCAAUUGGAACCGACACCAAACGGAAGCAUCCUGAAAUACAGUACGCUAGCAGGGGGAAGGCAACGACGUCAAUGGAGAGCGGACGCGACCCGGAAAGCAGGGCAGGGUCAGGAACGGCAGUCGGUCUGUACGCCCGUACUGGAGACAGGAGGCAGGAUCAACACGCACACGCAAGACGUUUGUCUGACCUUUUGCGAUCUGCAAAGCAGGGAGUUUUUUUGUGUACGUGUGUGUGUAUGUAUGUGCCUGCAAGUGUGUUGAGCGCGCGCGCGUGUGUGAUCUGAUAUGCAGACAUCAAUGGUGCAGCCCACG